ACAGAAGAAGCAGCCGUGUCCUUCACUCAUCUUCCUCCCUCAUGUGAGCGUCUGUCACCGGGAGACACUCACACAUCAACCCGCCUCAGAGCCUCCGGUGACCCGCGUCCUCUGCCCCGGACCCCGCUGCUCCGCUGCGGCUACACACCUCCGCCAUGUCCCGCAGGCCCCUGCUGCUCCUGCUGCGGAGCCUCGCCGCGGUCAGACCGGGGACGUUACCCGCAGCUGCGACGACCAGAGGCGGCUUCGCUCAGCAGAGAGCCCGGUCCUCGACGACCCGGAGCGGCUUCCUCCAGAGAGCGUGUCCGCUGCUGUGCGCGGUGAAGAGCAGUCAGCUCGGCCUCUGCUCCAAGGCUGGACCCCCGUGUGAGGACGAGUACCCCCCGCUGCCGGCCUACCAGAACAUCUCUGAGCCGGAGAAGAAGGAGCUGUUCAUCGUGCAGGUGAAGGGUCUCCCCUGGUCGUGCUCGGCUCAGGACCUCAUGCACUUCUUCUCUGAGUGCAGGAUCCGGGACGGGCUGAAGGGGAUCCACCUCACCGUGGACCGACUGGGGAGGUCGUCUGGACGAGCCUUCAUCGAGUUGGAGCACGAAGAGGACGUGAACAAAGCUCUGGAGAAGCACCGGCAGUACCUCGGCCCGCGAUACGUGGAAGUGUCCGAGGUGACGAACAGCGACGCUGAAGCCAUCCUGAACAAGGCCGUCACGGCUCCGGCUGAAAGCUGGGUGGUGAAGCUGCGGGGCCUCCCCUUCUCCUGCUGCCAGGACGACAUCGUCCAGUUCUUCUCAGGUUUGGAUAUUGCGGAGAACGGCAUCACGGUCGUCACAGACCACAGAGGAAGAAAUUCUGGCGAGGCCUUUGUGCAGUUUGGCUCCCAGGAAGCAGCAGAUGGCGCUCUGCAGAGGGACAGAGACGUCAUAGGAAACAGAUACAUCGAGGUGUUUCCCAGCACGAGUGAGGAGAUCCACUCGAGCUGGAGGAAGAAGAAGGGGAUGAGUUCGGGCUCCGCUCAGAGCAGCGUUCAGCCGGGGAACAGGAACGUCUCCUCCGCACAGACCAACCACAGAACAGGUUCGCCACUGAGCUCCACGGCGCCGCUUCACUACAUCCACAUGCGAGGUCUUCCCUUCCAGGCGUCCGGAGAAGACAUCGUGAAGUUCUUCUCUCCUCUCGCCGUCUCUAAGAUCCUGAUCGAAUGCGGCGCUGACGGCAGGCGGAACGGCGAGGCGGGCGUUUACUUCACCAGCCACCAGGACGCCGCCGCCGCCAUGACCAGAGACAGACAGUACAUAGGGGAAAGAUACGUUGAGUUGUUCCUGAACUCUGCAUCAGAUUCUAAUGGGAGAUGAACGAUGACGACACCAACAUCAUCAUUUACCGACACAACCCAAGAUUGUUGCAUUUAUAUUCCAGCCUGAUCUGAAACAAUAAACGAACCUGGUGUCAAAGAA